CGCAGGCGCGGGAGCUCUGUCGCUAGCAGUUCUGUGGCAGCUGUGAGACGGAGGACGCAGCAGGGAGACAGACUCCUUUUAUCCCUAGGCAAGCACCUGGCUUCUUGGUGUCUGCCCAAGAAUGGUCCUGCGGGAAAGUUACAUCCUACCCUGACCUGUGGAACCUGUUGGGUGUCUUCCUUAUCAAGCACUCUGCCUCAGUCUGAAUGUGGACCAUCAGAAGCGGGAGGAAAGGAUGCCUGCAGUCCGAGGGAAAUCAAAAUCCAAGGCACCAGUGACUUUUGGGGACUUAGCCAUCUACUUCUCCCAGGAGGAAUGGGAAUGGCUGAGUCCCAUUCAGAAAGAUUUGUACGAGGAUGUCAUGUUGGAGAACUAUCACAAUCUAGUCUCAGUUGGUCUUGCCUGCCGGAGGCCAAAUAUCAUCGCCUUGUUGGAGAAAGGGAAAGCACCAUGGGUGAUAGAGCCAUCAAGAAGACGCUGGGGUCCUGAAUCAGGGUCUAAGUAUGAGACCAAGAAGUUACCACCAAAUUCAUGUAACAAAUCUGGGCCAAGCAUCUGUGAGAAACCAACUUCUUCACAACAAAAGGUUCCCACAGAGAAGGCAAAGCAUAACAAGCAUUCAGUCCCAAGCAAAUCCAAGAAAGAACAUUCAGGCAAGAAAUCUUUAAAGUGUAAUCUUUGUGGGAAAACCUUUUUUCGAAGCUUAUCUCUUAAACUUCAUCAAGACUUUCACACUGGAGAGAGGUCUUAUGAAUGCAGUACUUGUAGACAAGUUUUCAGGCAGAUCUUAUCCCUCAUUCUUCAUCAGAGAGUUCACAAUUGGAAUAAAAGCUAUGAAUGUGAUAGGUGUGGGGACAUUUUUAAUAAAAAGUUAACUCUUAUGAUACAUAGAAGAAUUCAUAAUGGAAAGGAAAAUGUUCACCAUGAGAAGGCCUCAGAUUCAUGCCCCUCUCUCAGUCUACACCAUAAUAAUCACACUACUGACAACAUUCAGCAGUGCAGGAAGUGUGGGAAAGUCUUCAGUCGGGUGUCAUCCCUUUUACUUCAUAAGAGGAUUCACAACAGAAAGAAAAUACAGAAAUACAAUAAGUACAGAAGAGGCUUCAAAAAGCAGCCAGUCCUUGUACAUAAAAGAGUUUGUAUUGGAAAGAAAACUCAUGAAAGUAAGAAGGCCUUAAUUCAGAGUCUCAGGCAGAAAACUUGCCAGUCGGAAAACCCUUUUAUGUGUAGGAAAUGCGGGAAGUCCUUUAGUAGGAUCUCAGCCUUAAUGCUCCAUCAGAGAAUUCACACUUCAGGGAAUCCCUACAAAUGUGAUAAAUGUCAGAAAGACUUUGGACGGCUUUCCACCCUUAUUCUGCACCUAAGAAUUCAUAGUGGGGAGAAGCAGUUUAAGUGCAGCAAGUGUGAGAAGGUGUGUAGUCGCCUUUCAUCCUUUAUUCAGCACCAGAAAAUUCAUAAAAGGAAAAAGAAACUCAUUGCAUGCAAGGAAUGUGGAAAGAUGUUUGGUGGAAUGAAAAAUCUUAAAGUGCAUCUCAACAUCCAUUCGGAAGAGAAACCUUUCAAGUGCAAUAAAUGUAGUAAAGUGUUUGGCCGCCAGUCAUUUCUUAGUGAACAUCAAAGAAUUCAUACCGGAGAGAAGCCCUAUCAGUGUGAAGAAUGUGGGAAAGCAUUCAGCCACCGAAUAUCUCUUACCCGACAUAAGAGAAUUCACAGUGAGGACAGACCUUAUGAAUGUGACCUGUGUGGGAAAGCCUUCAGCCAGAGUGCUCAUCUUGCACAGCAUGAAAGAAUUCACACUGGAGAGAAGCCUUACGCAUGCAAAAUAUGUAAGAAGUCCUUCGCUCAGCGCAUAUCCCUCAUUCUACAUGAAAGAAGUCAUACUGGGGAGAAGCCCUAUGAGUGUAAUGAAUGUGGGAAGGCUUUCAGUAGUGGUUCGGACCUUAUCCGACAUCAGAGAAGUCACUCUUCAGAGAAACCAUAUGAAUGUAGCAAAUGUGGUAAGGCUUAUAGUCGGAGCUCAUCUCUGAUUCGACAUCAGAGAAUUCAUACAAAUGAGAAGCCCUACAAGUGUAGGGAGUGUGGGAAGGCUUUUAAGUAUGGCUCACGACUAAUCCAGCAUGAGAAUAUUCACUCAGGCAAGAAGCCUUAUGAAUGUAAAGAGUGUGGGAAGGCCUUCAACUCUGGUUCAAAUUUCAUACAACACCAGAGAGUUCAUACGGGUGAGAAGCCUUAUGCGUGUAAAGACUGUGCUAAAGCCUUCAGUCGGAGCUCCCAGCUCAUUGAGCAUCAGAGAAUCCAUACUGGGGAGAAACCUUAUCAAUGUAAGGAGUGUGGCAAGGCCUUCAAUCGUAUCUCACAUCUCAAGGUACAUCACAGAAUCCAUACUGGGGAGAAGCCCUAUGUGUGUAAGGAGUGCGGGAAGACCUUUAGUCAUAGGUCUCAGUUGAUUCAACAUCAGACUGUUCAUACUGGCAAGAAACUCUUUGAGUGCAAAGAGUGCGGGAAGGCUUUUAAUCAAGGGUCCACUCUAAUCCGACACCAGAGAAUUCAUACGGGAGAGAAACCAUACAAGUGUAAGGCGUGUGGCAAGACCUUUAGAGUGAACUCACAGCUUAAGCAACAUUCCAGAAUUCACACUGGAGAGAAACCGUACCAGUGUAAGGUUUGCAGUCGGGCCUUCAAGCGGGUCUCACAUCUCACAGUACAUUAUAGAAUUCAUACGAGUGAGAAGCCAUGAAAGGAAUGUGAGAAGGCCUUUAGUCAUUGUUCACAACUGAUUCAGCAUCAGGUGAUCCAUUCUGAGGAAAAGCCUUACAAGCAUAAGGGACGCUGGAGGAGCGUAAAGCAUGAUACAACAUCCGAGCACCCCAGACUGCGCAGUAGAGGAACACACGCGAACAUAGUAAAUGUCGAAAAGCCAGCUCUUAGCACUUGCCCACUAGUAAUCAUCAGGGAGUUUGUUGGCAAGCAACCAUGUGAAUGGAAGUAAUGCAGAGAGCCCAUGAGCUUAGGGUAAUCACAGAUUGUGCAUCUUCAAGAAAGGGUAGAUAAUGUACUGCUAAUGAGAUACUCUAUUCAGUUUAUUCUAAAUGAAACAAUUUGUAUGUUGUCUCCCAACACAAUCCAGAACCUAGUCAUGGGAUUUUUGUGUUCUUUUGGGUUUAUUUAUUUAUUUAUUUAUUUUGAGACAAGGUCUCUCUGUGUAGCCUUUC